GGACUUUUAUUUUGGAUUUGUGGCGUGACGUCAUAGGGCUGCGCUCCUGCAUCUGUUGUGAUUCGGAUGAAGACAGGACAAAGUGUACAAACGCACAGAAAACAACUGGAGAAACAGCUGAGAUCCACACACGAUUAUAAAGAUGGAGAUUAUUAAACAGGAGAGUGAAGACAUUAAGAUUGAAGUCAAACAUGAAGAUACUGAGACACAAACAGACAUGAUGGGGCUGAAAGAGGAAAGAGUAGAACUGAAUGACAUGCAAGAUAAAAGUCAGCAUAAGAAACAUGAUUUUGUAACUGGACAAAAAUCAUUCAGUUGGUCAACCACUGAAAAAAAUUCAUCUCAAAACACUGGAUCUAGAGGUCAUUUCACCUGCCAAGAGUGUGGACAGAGUUUCGAUCAACAAGGAAAUCUUAAAAUCCACUUGAGGAUUCACACUGGAGGGAGGCCUUACACCUGCCCUCAGUGUGGAAAGGGUUUUACACACAGACAAACUCUUAGAACCCACAUAAGAAUACACACUGGAGAGAAGCCUUAUACCUGCCAACAGUGUGGAAAGGGUUUCACUGAAUAUGGAAACCUUAAAGUCCACUUGAGGAUUCACGAUGGAGUGAAGCCCUUCACCUGCCAACAGUGUGGAAAGGGUUUCACUGUAUAUGGAAACCUUAAAGUCCACAUGAGGAUUCACACUGGAGAGAAGCCUUUCACUUGUCAACAUUGUGGAAAAUGUUUCUCAAUAAACGGAAGCCUAAAAAGGCACAUGAGGAUUCACACUGGAGAGAAGCCUUUCACUUGUAAACUGUGUGGAAAAUGUUUCAUCGAACAUGGACCUCUUAAAGUCCACAUGAGUAUUCACACUGGAGAGAAGCCUUUCACCUGUCAACAUUGUGGGAAAUGUUUCUCAAUAAACAGAAGCCUAAAAAAGCACAUGAGGAUUCACACUGGAGAGAAGACUUUCACUUGUAAACUGUGUGGAAAAUGUUUUUCAGUAAACGGAAGCCUACAAAGGCACAUGAGGAUUCACACCGAGGAGACGUACACCUCCUAACCCGAGGUGUCAUGCCCAUUCAAACCGAAGGAUGCCUGCUUAUUUAUUAAAUCAUAAUGCCUUCACCUGCUUAUAACGGAAUGUUUCAAAACUGGAAUAAUAACCAAAUUCUGUAACUUAUAUUUUGGUUACAUCCCAAUGUUUGUAAUUCUGUCAGUAAAAUAAAGGUUACAAAAGAAUAAAAAAAAAAAAAGCAAAGCACAGGUUCUUGAUUUUAUUGAAUUACAAUAAAAUAUUGAAGAACAUAUAUCUUGUGCUGGAUGCAAAAGAAGAUCUAUUCAAUAAUGUGGGUAUCCAAAUGGUUUCUAGUCACCAUUGGCUUGCUUUGUAUUUCUAUCCAUAAUGUAGGCAAAAAAUAUUCAUUCAAAAAUAUUUUAUUUUGCAAUCAGCAGAAAAAAAGGAAUGUACAGGUUUGGAUCAACUUGAGGGGCAAGUAAACAAUGACAUAAUUUUUAUUUUUGUGUGAACUAGCCUUUUAAUGUGCAAUCUACUACACUGCUCUGUUCACUCCAAUUCCAUACUCUGUCCUCUUACCUCCUCUGGAUGGUAAGAUACAGGACUGAAAAUAUGUAAUCAUUUUUAUUUUCUUCCCAAAAAAAGCAAACAGGUUGUAUACUAUUCUUUUUAAUUGGCCACAUACUGCUUACGUUAUUCAAAAGGAUAGUCAUCAGUUGGAAUAAAAUGAAAUUAUUAUGGUGUGGCACUAGGACUGAUGGACUUCAGGAGAAACUCUGUUGACCAACCCCCACUGACCAUCAACAGCUCGACUGUGGAGAGAGUCAGCAGAACCAAAUUCCCUGAUCACAGAGGAUCUCACCUUGGGCACCAACACCAUGUCACUCUCCAACAAGCCACAACAGCACCCUCACCAUUCAGCAAGCUGUGCCACUUCCUCUCUUCAGUGUGUUUCAUCGCUGUUGCUGAUGAGACCUACCACAGUUGUGUCAUCUGCAAACUUGAUGAUUUGGUUGGAGCUGAACUUGGCAGUGCAUUCGUGGGUCAGCAGCAUGAAGAGCAGCGGGCUGAGUACACAGCCUUGUGGGGCACCUUGCUCAGUGUGGUAGUGCUCGAGGUAUUGUGGCCGACAUGGACUGACCGAGGUCUUCCAGUCCAGGAUCCAAUUACAGAGGGAACUGUUAAGGCCCAUCAGGUUAAGUUUAUAAAUAAGGUGUUGUGGGAUUAUUGUGUUGAAUGCUGAGCUGAUGUCGAUGAACAGAAUUCGGACAUAUGAGUCUUUAUUUUCUAGGUGGGUAAGAGCCAGGUGGAGGGUGGAUGAAAAUGCAUCAUCUGUAGAGCAGUUUGGACGGUAUGCAAACUGGAGCAGAUUGAGUGUGUUGGGGAGGCUGGUUUUGAUGUUGUGCAUUACUAACCUCUUAAAGCACUUCAUAAUGAUUGGAAUUAGUGCUAUGGGACUGUUUAAUUUAGACAGGGCACAGGUGAUUUCUUUGGUACUGAGGUAUGAUUUGUUUUGGAUUUGAGACAUGUGGGGACGACUGCCUGGCUUAGCGAGGUGUUGAAGAUAUCUGUUAGGACAUCUGUCAGCUGUGCAGCCCAGUCUUUCAGUACACUGCCAGGUGUGUCGUCAGGACCUGCAGCCUUGUGUGGAUUAAUCCUAGAUAGAGAACCUGGUCGUUGGAAGGUGUGGGCAGUUUUUGUGCAGGUGUGUCAUUCUGCAUGUCAAACCGUGAAUAAAAGUGGUUGAGUGCAUCUGGGAGGCAUCUGGGUGUCAUUAUCACGUCAUACAAAUGGCAUGAGCCUGAGUAAAUUUAACCAUGGAAGAAUGACUGCACAAGUAGUGUAGUAAUUAAGGAGGUGAAAAUACUGUGAAAUUACAUACAAAUGGCAUGAAAUUUGAAAGCAUAACAGCUAGAUCUAAGACACUUCAGUCAAUAAAGCAUUUUUUAAAUAAUGGCACAUUUUUUAACUAAAAUGAUAAUGAGGUCCAAGUAUAUGAAUAGCUA